AUGCAUUUCAAUCUUGCUUUCUUUAUCAUCGGGCUUGUGUCCUUGGUAUUCGGACUACCUUUAGCUCAUCCGGUCUCUUCCACCACCGUGCAAGUUCACUCUCCUCGCAUGAACAAGCCAGUGCCGCCACCACUCACAGUCGUAUCAGUGACGAUCAAAUACAAUUCCGCUCUUCCUCAAGAGUGGAUCACCGAUGCCCUUAAAUCUGAUAUUGGCUCCACGACCCCCACAUUCACUCCGGACGCGAAGCAGAAGGGUGCUGAGGCCGAAAUAGCGUUGAAAGAUCCUAAUGGCCACAAGUCUACAAAGAAAAAGAACCUGAAGCUCAAGGUUACUGCUAUGUACUAUGCACCAACUUAA